AUGAGAAUGUGCGGCCAAAAGAGUCAUUUCUCAUUGAAAGAAGGUUUUCCUCUAUUGUUAGUUGGUAUGGCUCUAAUACAAACUGGUCCAUGGAGGAACCAGGGUAACGCUGCAAGAUUACGUUGGGGAACCACAGAAGCUGAUCGACGAUCUAUACAAGAAACACUGAAACUACGACAGUGUUUAUUUCCCUCACAACGUACGCUUCCAAACGUAGUGAAACAGAAUCGCCAAUAUUCUGCAGACGGACUGGGAGGCCUUGCCUUAUGCAGCGUAUUUCUAGACUUAUCACCACCAUUUGCUAAUUGCUUAGACCUCUAA